GUCGGCCCAGAUCGGAUGGGCCCACCCACCUGGGCCGAUAACAUGGGACGCUUUCCUACCUCUAUAUUAUUACCACGCCAGUACUGCCCGAUAUCGUCUCGGCCUGCCUCUCGCCCCCGCCCAGUUCGUCGGAGUUGACUGCAAGAUGUCGAAAUCUGGGGCUUUGGAUCUCGCUUUAGGAGUCGGAGGCAAGAUCAAGAAGGAAGACGUUCAAUCUGCUGCCCAACAGUAUGAAAAUUACCAUGCCUCUUAUGGAGGGGAGGAAGAAUUGAGAAAAUCAAACUACUCUGAUAUGGUAAACAAGUAUUAUGAUCUUGCCACUAGCUUCUAUGAGUUUGGUUGGGGGGAAUCAUUUCACUUUGCUACUAGAUGGAAAGGAGAGUCACUGCGCGAAAGCAUUAAGAGGCACGAGCACUUCCUUGCGCUGCAAUUGGGGUUGAAACCUGGGAUGAAGGUCCUGGAUGUAGGCUGCGGAAUUGGUGGGCCUCUACGUGAGAUUGCUAGAUUCAGCUCAACAUCCAUUACAGGGUUAAACAACAACGAGUAUCAGAUCUCGAGAGGAACGGAGCUCAACCACUUAGCAGGAUUAACCAAAUCAUGCGAAUUUGUCAAGGCUGACUUCAUGAAAAUGCCAUUUUCUGAUGACACGUUUGAUGCAGUCUAUGCAAUUGAAGCAACUUGCCAUGCUCCAGAUGUGGUUGGCUGCUACAAGGAGAUCUACCGAGUGUUAAAGCCUGGUCAGUACUUUGCCGCAUAUGAGUGGUGCAUGACUGACCAUUACAAUCCAAGUAAUGAAAGCCACAAAAAAGCCAAGGCUGAAACCGAACUUGGUAAUGGACUUCCUGAUGUUAGAACUACAAGACAAUGUCUUGAUGCUUUGAAGCUUGCAGGGUUUGAGGUUAUAUGGGAGAAGGAUCUUGCAUCCGAUUCUCCUGUACCUUGGUAUUUGCCUCUGGAUACAAGUCGGUUUUCGAUAACUAGCUUCCGUUUGACAGCUUUUGGCCGAUUUAUUACGAGAACAAUGGUUAAGACAUUGGAAUUUGUCAGAAUUGCCCCGUCAGGAAGCAACAGAGUUUCAUCAUUUCUUGAAAAGGCAGCUGAGGGACUUGUGGCAGGAGGAAGGAUGGAGAUCUUCACGCCAAUGUACUUCUUUUUGGUGAGGAAGCCUCUUUCAUAUCAUUGAGAAAGACAUAACUAUAAAGCAUGUAUUGAAAGACAUAACUAUGAAGCACUUAUUUUCUUAAGUGAGUUUCUGGUUUUUUUUCAGCAUGUAUUUUGUUUAGUGAAGUUCUCAUUCUGCUUUAGCGUUUCGAAAAAGUGUUAUAAAUAGUCAACAAUGGAAGUCAGAACUCUUUAAGGUGUAAAUUCCUUCUGCCUCAGCCUUUGAAAGUUCUGUCGAACCUCUUAAAAAAUUAUAAGUUCCAUAACAUCUUAUGUGGAGGAA